UUGGGAUGUCGUAGUCGUGCGAAUUUUGAUAUUAUUAUUUUUUAUGUGUUAGAACGUGUGUUGAUAAAUUUCUCUGUUUACAACAUUAACAAAGUCUCAGACUUCCUAUAAAAUAUACGCGUAUUUUUUGGAAAAAACCUCUAUGCAUGUUGAAAACGGCAGUCGAGAAUUGAAAAAUUUUCUUUUUGAGAUAAAAAUAUCUGAAAAGAUGAAAGUAAUCAUGUAUGAAAGCACAGAAUUGUGAUGGGCUGAUAUUCUCUCAUCGGACUGCUAUCUGCUGAUGUUCUUUCUAGGAUAAGCUCAAAUCUUUACUAUGUAGCUGGAACAGGGUUUUAAUGCAGUUCUGGAUACAUAUUAUCCACAAAAAUAAGAAACUGAGAUUAAAAGAAAAUAAAUAUGAAGAUUUCAGAAGCAAAGUUUUAUUCAUUACUGAAAAGUGAUUCUGGAUGUUCUGAGUUAUCCAUUUACAAAGAAUACUCUUUAAAUCCUGAAUGUGUAGUUCCAAUUACAAGCAAAGAAAAUGAGAGAUGUGAAGUGUCUGACCACUCAUCUAGUGUAAGUAAGGCAAUGUCUUGGAAUACAGAUGUACAACAGAAAACUGUGCUGGCAAAUAUAGAAACACAUGAAAAUUCUUCAUUUAUUCAGCCAUGCUCUGUUUCUAUACCUAGAAUUGAUCUGGAAAAGUAUGUCUACCAGAGAGAUACAGUAGACUUCAACGAGAACAUUUCAGAUCCAUUAAAUUCAUCAUCAUGCUCAAGCUUUGAUACAAGGACAGAUAUGGAUGGAAUGAAGCUUGAAAUGAUUGAGCGUUAUUUAGAUAAUUGUGCUACAAAUUUUGCUGUUGAAAACGAAAAUCAAGUAUCAUUUCUUUAUGACAAGGAGUCUUCAGAGAUUAGUGAAAAUAGGAAGCCAUUUGAUCUAGACAGUGAAGAGGAUUGCAGGCCAUUCUCAUUUACAAAACAGAAUAAUGUAGAUAAUUCUUCAGCCAUUGAGAGAAAUAGUAAUGCAUGUUUUACUUCAGUCUCAUCAGAAAGUGAUUACUUAAAUACUCCAGACACAUUGAAUAUAUCUACCAAAAAUAGAAUUUUCCGUGAACAUUUUAAAAAUCCUUCAAAAUAUUAUAGUUUGAAGCAGUGUAGUGUAGUUGUGAACAAAAUGAAUGUAGAUGGUUGCCUUAUUUCAGAAUGUCUGAAUAGAGGGAAAAAAGCGCUAAUAUCGGAUAAUUCAAAUUGUAUUGAACAUGAUAAUUUGUCCUCUAUACAGACUGGAAAUUCAUUUGAUGAUACAAAGAAUGCUAACAUCAAAGGGGGAUAUAAAAAGUUUCAAAAUAAUAAUUGUUUCAGUGAGUGUCAUUCAGAAAUCAGUUCAUUUUCAAUAAAGGGGAAAGCAUUUUCUUGUUCUUCAAAACCAUCUAAUGUAAUUGAUUUUGAUAGUCUGCAAAAUGAACAUGAGAAAGAAAUAUAUUCUGAAAACAGUGAAUCAGAAGGAAACAGAGAUGCUUUGUUUGUGAACUCUGCAAGAAGAAAACAAAUAGAAAUGUCAAAAAUGGUGCUAAAAAAGAAAUGUCAUACUAAAAAUAUCAAAAAUGGAGAUAAUUCAUUUAGCCUUUGUGAAAUUUCUGAAAGUGAGCAAAGGAGACAAAACCAUACCAAAGGAGACAAAACAACUAAUCAGAAGCAAAGAAUGAGGAUAAGCAGUUCUAAAAAAUAUAGGAAUUUUUCCCAAAGAAAACAUAAUAAAAUUUUAGAAUUUGAAAAAGAUAUUUUGAGUGCUAAACAAUCAGCUUUCAUUACUGAAACUAAAUUGAGAUUUAAUGAUGUUCAUGUGCCUUCUGAUGGCACACAUCUUGAAAAACAAAAUAUUUUAAAACAUAAAGAAAAAACUGAUAUGAUAAUAUUAAGUAACACACAUGCAAAAGGAAAUAAAUUAUCUCUGGAAAGUAAUAAAACUACAGAAUACCAAGAAUAUGAACCUUAUUUCAGAAAAUACGAAAGUGAAGGAAUGAUCAAGAUUAACUGCAUUAGAAAAGAAACAAAAGAUAAGUUUAUACCUAAUAAUAGUAAAAAAGUUUUAAACUUCACUUCAAAUUUAAUUUCCAAAAAUGUUCGUAAUGAUAAGAUAAGAUUCAACAAAACUGGCUUUAAUUUGUAUUCAGGUUCUACUGUUUUGGGAAAUAAAAAAAUUAAUAAUUAUGCAUUAGAUAAUGCUAAAAUUUCUAUCUCAUAUGAAAAUGAUAAAGAGCUGCAGAUAAUGGAAAAUAAAUAUGGUUUGAAACCUUGUAGUGUACCCCUGCUUAAACUUCCAUUAUCAUUAUAUACCAUGCAGGUAUCAGAAUAUCAAGAUAAUUUUAGCUCUUGUUGCAAAGCAAAUGGUGAGAAAAAUAAAAAUAAUAUGCAUUAUUUAAAGACAAAAAUUAAGACAAAUAAUGCAAAAUCUAAUUACGAAUUCAAAAGAAAGCAAAUGAGAAAAAAACAUACUCUGCCAGUAGGAGCAAGAAAAAAAUGUAAUAUGUUUGUUUCUACAAAAGGAUGUUUUAAAUUAAAACCAGAAGUUCUUCGUAAAAGCACUGAAGUCAUUGAAUCUUGUAGUGAGUCAGAUGUGGACAUAACUGAAUGCAAUAAGAAUGGAAGUGAAUGUAAAGCUGAGAUAGGGUAUCCUAGAUAUAAAAAGAAACUUCAAAUUAGUGCUCCAGAAAGUGGCAAAUUUAAAAAGAAUGCAGAAUGUAGCAUUUUAAAGUCCAGAAAGAAACAAAAUAGAAGAAACUUAGAUAAGAAAAAAUAUGAACCUGUAAUGCAAGAAGCACCAUUUAGAUUUCAACUUAGAAAAAGAGGUUUUAGAGGUGAUAUUGAAAUCAUUGAAAUAAGUGAGACUAGUGAAUGUGAUAGUGAUGUUAAAGAAUGUCAUUAUGAUAAAACCUCAGAAAAUAUUUCUGAUAUUAGUGACUGUGAUAAUGAUAUUAAAAAAUGUCAAAGUGAUAAAAUCUUGGGAAGAAAAGUGUAUGGCAAAGAAUCCAGAAAAUUUAAUGAGGAAAAAGUGUCACAAAAACAGACUUGUAACAAAUACAGAAUUCAUACUUUUCCUUUAAGUAAGGAUGAAAAGUUAAAAAUUAGGAAAUCAUUUUUAGAAAAAAAAGAAAGAUGUGAUGUGAAAAAUGGGAAACUGAAAAAGAAAACAUCAGCUAAGGGUGUUUGUUUUAAUAGUUUGAAAGCUAAUCAGUCCAAAGAACUUAAACAGAAUUGCACUCCUAGAUGUAAUGCAAUUUUAACUGAAGUAAGGGGAGAUGACAAUGUACAUGAAAUAAAUUCUUUCAUGUCAGCUAAAUGUGAAGGCAAUGAUAAUAAAGAAAUUGUGCAGAAUGAUAUUGUUAAGUUUAAUAAAAUUUCAUCAAAAGUAUGUGGUGAAGAUAAGGUACAUGAAAUCAGUUCUGAUUCUUUCAUGGUAGUUGAAUGUGAUAGUGAUAAAUACAAUAAGCAUGUUUCAUUAGAAGAGCUAGAUGAAAAAUAUGUAUCAUCUUUAUUAAAAAGAUAUUCUAUAAAACCUUGUGUUGUAGUUCUUGAGAAAAUGAAACUUGAAGAAUGUCAAAACAAUUUUGAGGAUAAACAUAAAAGUAAAACUGAAAAGAAAGUAAUGAAAAGUCUUAAAUCAAAUAUCAAUAAUACUAAUCAGCUGAGUAUUUUCAAAAAAGCUCAUUCAACUUGUAAUACUUCAUUAGCUACUGUGGAAGAUAAGAAAAGAAUGAGCCAUAAAGAUAUGAUAGAUAAAGAAAAUAAGAACAUGUUAAAACUAGGUAUUUACAGUUCGAAUUGCAAACCUGGAGGAGAAGAUAUGAAAUGCCAUUCAAAACAUGUAAUAAAAACUAAUAUAAGUAAACUAUUUUCAAAUAAAUUGAAACCUAGUCAAAGAAGAGUUAAAUAUAAUAAUAAGGCAUCUGGAGAAAGCAGAAAGUGCCAAUCUGAGUAUGCUGAAACAAACUAUAAAAAUAAAUUCAAAAAGGCUUUACCAUUUGUUAAAACCAUCUGUGAAGAAAAGGAAACUAUGAAUAUUGCAAACACUGGAGAAGAUUUGAGCAAAAAUGAUAUGAUUGAUAAUAUUGAACAGUAUAAGGCAGGGAGAGAAAUCAAACAGGGUUUGGAGUACCGUGAAGAACCUUUGUUGGAAGUAGGUUUAAAUAAAGAUAUUUCUACCAGGACAAACUGUAAUCCAAAUAAAAUUAAUAAUUGUGAUUCUUCCAUGAAGAACUGGGAACGAUGCAAAAAAUAUCAAUUUAAAAGUGAAUGCAAUGAAACAUAUCAUGAAAAUAAAAAAAAUUGCAAAAAGACUUUGAUGUGCAAUGAAAGCAUAUGUGAAGACUUAAAAGAGCAAAAUUUAAAUACAAGAGGAGAAUUGAGAAAAAAUGGUAUGGCAAUAAGUGAUAAUGUCAAUCUCUUUACUUUGGAGGAAAAAACUGGAAAAUGCUCUGCGCACCUUGAAAGUUCUGUCUUGGACAGAAGAGAUGGAAGAGAAACAAUUUCUGUAGAUGCAAAAUGUAAGUCUAGGACAAAUGACAUUGAGUAUAACAGUAGUAGUGACAUCCUCAGGAAUGUAAAGGAAAGGGUUAAAGAAAACCAUUUUAAAAAUGAAUAUGAUAAAAAUCAGUAUGAACGUGGUUAUCGGAAAACUUUUGUACCUGUUCAUAUGAAUCAGUCAAAAACAGCACAUAACAAGAGUUUAAAGACCAACAUCAAAAAGACUGAAGAAAGCGAGAGUACUAGUCUUUCUGAUGCAAAACCAGGUCCUUUUCAAACAAAAUAUAAAAGAUUAAGGAUUACAUCUUCAGUACAAAAUACAAAAAAAAGUAGGACUUGUUCAAUGAAUAAUUUUAUGGCAGAGUACCAUAAACCUUUUAAUUCUUUUGAAAUGGAAGAACUGAAACCACAUAGUUUAUUUUUUAGUAGAGAUUGUGAUAGUGUCCUAGAAACUUCAGCCAGAAACAACAUCAUUAAGAGAAAUUCAAGCAGGAUGAAUAAAACACUAUUUGUACAUGAUAAAAAUAUGCCAGUAAACUUUGAUAAACAAACAGUGAGAGGAAACAUCCAGGGAAAUGUUGAUAAUCAUUUUAGAAGCAAGCAUGAAAAUAACAGGAUUAUUGAUUAUAAUACAUAUAAGACAAAAGCUGAUAAUUCAGCUUUAUUAUCUCCACCUGAAAAUGAUUAUCAUGAAGUUUUAUGUAGGAGGGAAAAAUUUACCUGCUUUCAGUGUGGUAAAUAUGUACAUAGUGCAAAAGGAUUAUUUUACCAUACAUGUCCUGGUAAAAGGGCAAUAGGCUAUCUGUGUUACUUUUGUGAGAGAAUAUAUUUAUCUCUAAAGGAGCUGGAACGGCAUAAGCGUAUUCAUAAAAGAUGAUAAAAUUGAUGUGAUUAUUCAUAUUAAAUCCUUUAUCUAUAUGUAUAGUAUUACAACUAUUUUUAAAGAUAUUUUAUAAAUACUUAAUUGCAGAUGUGCAAUUUUUUAACCUUUGUCCGUAAUGAUUGUCAAAAUAAAUAUAUUACAGUUAAAAGUCUUUAAUCCGAACUCGUCGGGACUUUGGCGAUUCCGGAUUAUCGGUUUUUCCAGAUUAUAGAUCAUCAAUUUAAAUCUGGUAAGAUGGCAU